AUGAUACAGUACAUGCCCUUGUUCAGAUCUUGCUCCACCACAAGAACACUCGUUCAAGUUCAUGCUCAUCUUGUUACCACAGGCCAAUAUAGAAGUCAUCUUGCUUCAACUAAGCUCAUCGAAUCAUAUGCCCAAAUGGGUUCUAUUGAUUGUGCAAAACUUGUAUUUCAAACCUUUCCUGCACCAGAUUCUUUCAUGUAUGGCGUCCUGAUUAAGCGCUAUGUUUGGAAUGGAUUAUUUAAAGAAGCUGUUGCUUUAUACUGUAAUAUGUUGCAUGAAUUGACCCUCAUCAGUCGCUUCAUAUUUCCAUCGGUUUUACGAGCUUGUUCCAGUUUUGGCGAUUUGGGUCUUGGCCAAAAUGUUCAUGGAAGGAUAAUUAAAUGUGGGUUUGAGUCGGAUUCUAUAGUUCAGACCUCGUUGCUCAACAUGUAUGGUGAAGCAUCCUGCUUAAGCUAUGCACGUAGAGUGUUUGAUGAAAUGCCUGAACGAGAUGUUGUUUCAUGGAGUUCCGUCAUCUCUAUGCAUGUUCGUAACGGUCAGCCAAGUCAAGGAUUGAAAUUGUUUCUCAAAAUGGUAAUAGACGGGCACGAACCAGAUUACGUGACUCUGCUUAGUAUAGCGGAGGCAUGUGGAGAGUUGGGUUUGGGGCUACAAUCGAAGUCGAUUCACAGCUACGCAGUGACACGAAAGAUUGAAAACAGUGAUCACGGCCUACUAAAUAACUCUCUUAUUGCAAUGUACGGAAAAUGUGGAGAUCUACACAACGCUCAGAGUCUUUUCGACCGUGUUUCUAGUCAUUGUACAUCAUCAUGGACCUCUAUGAUCACAUGCUAUAAUCACAAUGGCUUCUAUCAAACAGCAUUAGACCUUUUCAAGAAGAUGCAAGAAUCUAAAACAGAAGGAAAUGCAAUCACCAUGAUGGCCAUUCUUUGUUCUUGUGCUAGGCUAAGUUAUCUAAGAGAAGGCCAGUCGAUUCAUGGAUUCAUCGUUAGGAAACAACUCGAUGCCGAUUAUAUUUUGGGGCCAGCACUGAUCGAUUUGUAUGCCAAUUGUGGAAAGUUUAAUACUUGCCACAAGAUCUUCGAUACAUCCAGGAAUAGAAAUGUCAUUUCAUGGAAUAUGCUCGUAUCAGGUUACACUCGAGAGGGAAUGUCAGAGGACGCGUUAGAUCUUUUCAAACAAAUGAGAGCACACACGAUAUCACCAGACGAGUUCACCAUAGCAAGUGUUGUCUCGGCUUGCGGAAACAUCGGUUUCUCUAAUCUUGGAACUCAGGUUCAUGGCUAUGUUACUAAAACCGGGAUCUUGAACGAAUUCGUCCAGAAUUCGCUCAUAGACAUGUAUGCUAAAUGCGGUUUUAUAGAUUCAGCAUAUAGCGUAUUCAAGAACCAGAAUCAUAGAAGCGUUGUAGGGUGGAACUCUAUGAUGUGGGGGUUUUAUCAUAACGGUAACUCUGUCGAUGCCAUGAAUCUUUUCGACCAGAUGUAUUUGGAAGGUCAAGAAAUGGACGACGUAACUUUCUUGAGCGCGAUUCAAGCGUGUUCAAAUUUGAGAUAUCUCGAAAAGGGAAAAUGGAUUCAUCACAAGCUCAUUACUAAUGGUGUGAUGAAUGAUAAUACCUUUGUAAAUACAGCUCUACUUGACAUGUAUGCCAAAUGUGGUGAUCUCCGGAUGGCUCAGACCAUUUUCGAGAUCAUUUCAGACAAAAGCGUGGUAUCGUGGAGUGCCAUGAUCGAUGCUUAUGGGAUGCAUGGUUUGGUUGAUUUGGCUAUCUCAAUUUUCAAUAGAAUGAUGGAAUCAAAUAUGAAACCGAAUGAAAUUACCUUCAUGAACAUCCUCUCGGCCUGUAGUCAUGCUGGAUAUGUCGAAGAGGGUAAGUUUUACUUUGACUCGAUGAGGAAAGAUUUCGGGAUUGAACCCAAGUUGGAACAUUUUUCUUGCUUGAUUGAUCUUCUGAGUAGAGCAGGUCAUCUGGAUGACGCGUAUAGAAUCAUCGGGUCGAUGCCAUUUGAGAUUGGAUAUGAUGAAGCUGAUUCAAGAAAAUCUUGA